AUGGUCCGAGCCUCGACUCGAAUAAGAAAGCCCUCCCAGCGGGCCAGGGAGGCCGGUUACACCUCGGCUCCCCAUAGCCAGGUAGCCGAGAAAAGGGAGCUGGCGAAGCGAAAGACAACCCCGAAGCCACGAAAGCCGCGGGCGGCAAGUGGCAAGGGAAAGGGGAAGCAGAAAGAAGAGGUGGUCGAAAGACCAGUUUUUUUAACGGUCCUCAGAGAAGAGGACGAGCGGGCGGUUUGCCUGCUGCUUGAGCUGGCCUCGGCAGCAUUGGCUCCGGAUUUCAAACCGGAGGUGGAGGUGGAUUUGGAGGCCCGCCGAAGGGCGUUUUACGCCAAACUUCAGAAUUAG